UCUUCUCUCUCUCUCUCUCUCUCUGUUAUCUCUUCUGUUCCCAAGCCCAUACACCCCUCUGUUUCAAGCACUCUAUUUAAUAAUUAUACUCAGAGACUCUUCACAUUUUCCAACUCUUUGAGAGUAGUUAGCUUCUGAACUCUCUUAUUUUCACUUUCUGAUCAGACAUACCACAUUUUUCCGUCUUUCUCUUUCUUUCCUCUGUUCUCUCUGUCAAUUUCUUCUCAACCCAACUCAACUAUUUCUUCCACACUUUUUCAAGCCAUGGAAGACGAGGAUCAGAAAGGCACAACCCAUGUUGAUCAAGAAAGCAAUGAAGAAGACAGAGACAUAACAAUCACCUCAAGAGUUUUUCCAUGUCUCUUCUGUUCAAGAAAGUUUUACAGUUCUCAGGCCUUGGGAGGCCACCAAAACGCUCACAAAAAGGAAAGAACAGCUGCAAGAAAGGCCAAACGAGCUUCUGAAUAUGCAUCCUCAAUGAACUUUCCAAUACUUUCACACACUACACAACCGCCAAUGAUUUUUGCUCCGAACCAUCAUCACCAUCUAGGCCUCCAGCAUCCUUCAAUGUAUAUAACUGCUCAUGCAGCCAACCUCAGAUACUUUCCCAGCCCUCAGCAAUUUUCAUCCGACGGUUUCGGAUCCAACGGUGGAGCCAAGUUUGAGAAUUUAGUGUACUAUGGUGGAAAUUUCUCAUCAAGCAAUAACAUUAACGGUUAUAAGUGUGAGGAGGAUGAGCAGAGUUUCUUGAAUUGGCAAAGGAGCAUAAGGUACAAUGGCUUCAGUGGAGGAGGAGAAGGUUCCUCUCAACAUUCUUCAGAGAAAAAUGGCAAUCACAGUCCUGGGAUUGGUGAUGAUAAGGGUAAGGAGCAAAAGCUUGAUCUUUCUCUGCAUUUGUAGAAAAUAGAGAUGGUGUGGAAUUGGAUUAUGGAUAUAGCAGCAGCUGCGUAGAGAUCAAGUUGCAAUUUUUGGUCCCAAUAAUAAUUAAGCAUCUCUUUUAGCUUUAGUUAGUCAUUUUUUAGGUCUUGUACUUGCCAAUUAUAAUGGGUUUUUACCAUUUGGCCAAUUAUUUUGAUGUAUUAAAUGGCACAGACUAGGCAUAGCUGGUCAUUGUUCAAGAAUAUCUCCAUUUUAAUUACAAAUGUUGAACUCUACCCAAGUUUGAAUCCCUCC